AUGACUUCUGUGACUCCCAGAGACGCCUUCUGUCUACUCCUGCCAGUUCCAAGAGAGACUGUCCGUUAUAUGAUGUACCUCCGACGUCUGUAUACUCUUUCUCGUACCUCGUCCCAAACUGGUACCCCCCUGCACGCUCUGUCGCGGCGCGUGUACUGCGAGAGCAACCGGGAGUACCAUCACGUUCUGCCCUAUCAGGAAGUGGAUGAGUAUCCUUAUGGUCCUCUUGAGAGUAAAAUCAAGGUGUUGCAGUUGUUAGUGGAUCAGUUUGUGACCACCAACAUCGCCCGCGACGAGCUGAUGUCCAACUACUACUUCGUGAAGGUGGAGGUGGAAGAUGAUGAAGGAUCAGUGGAGGAACUGGAGGAAGAGGAGAAGGAAAACUGGGAGAAAGCUCUGUCUGUGGAGCGCUUUGCAGACAUCCUCAGUGACUCUGCUUCCACCAGCGGAGACAGGAUGGGCCGGAACUACACCGAGAAAGACUUUGAAUAUGCUCCAACUAUUCCCUCUGUGUCAGUGAGUCCCUCUGCUGAGAUAGAGGAGGGCAGUUCAGUGACUCUGACCUGUAGCAGUGAUGCUAACCCAGCAGCUAACUACACCUGGUACAAGAGGAAUAACAAUUCAGACCUUCCUCCUCUCAGUGAAGGACAACGUCUUGUCUUCAGAUCCAUCCAGUCCUCUGACUCUGGACAGUAUUACUGUACAGCUGAGAACGAGCUGGGGACGAAGACAUCUGAAAACAUCUUUAUUGAUGUGAAAUAUGCUCCAAAGCCUCCCUCUGUGUCAGUGAGUCCCUCUGCUGAGAUAGAGGAGGGCAGUUCAGUGACUCUGACCUGUAGCAGUGAUGCUAACCCAGCAGCUAACCACACCUGGUACAAGGAUGAAACUUCAUACUCUUCUAUUCUGAAUGAAGAACCACAGUUUGUCUUUGGCUCCAUGCAGGCGUCUGACUCUGGAAAGUAUUUCUGUUCAGCUGAGAACACGAUGGGAAGGAGGACAUCUGAAAAGUUGUUUAUUGAUGUGAAAUGUGAGUGA